AUGGGCUCUCCGGCAGUCCAUGGUGUAGAAUAUGCCUUUGGAGCACAUGAUUACCAAACAAGUGGUGUCUUUGAUGUUGAACCACGACAGUGCCCUGGCUUCAGGUUUAGAAAGUCAGUAUUCAUGGGAACAACAUGCUUGGAUCCUGUUGAGCUUAGAGAGUUCAUGGAGCGCCAGUCUGCAAACUACAAUGGUGAUACAUAUCAUUUGAUUGCUAAGAACUGCAACCAUUUCUGUGAGGAUAUAUGUUAUAAGCUAACAGGGAACCCAAUUCCAAAAUGGGUAAAUCGUCUUGCAAGAAUAGGUUCACUAUGCAACUGCAUACUUCCCGAAGCCCUUAAAUCUACCACUGUGCAACAUGACCCUAAUUUCCAAGGAUGUGAAAGUGAGAAGAAGAGACUAAGAACUGCCUUUAGUUGCUGGUCAUCAAUCUCAAUGCCUCAUAAGGAAGUCUCAAUAUCUUCAUUGUUUCUGCACUCUCACUACAAAGGCUGCCUACCGCCGUGGGAGUUGAAGAGGUCUGAAAGUGGCUCAAUGAAGAAAUUAUCUAAAAAUGCCUCAUUGAAGAAACUAUAACACUUGCAUUUCAAUGCAUAUCAAUUGUAAAAGUACCAAUUUCAGCAUCUGCUCUGAAAUUCGGAUCCGGUCGAUGAUAUCACCUCCUGUCCUAUGUGAGCCUCUGAAAUGUAAAAUCUGUCAAGUUUGUGAUUCAAACUGUGAAAACAGAGUGCUGUACUCGUGUUUUUUCCUGUUUUUACUAGCAUGUGUGGAGUUUGCUAGUUCUCUUUAUAAUGUGUAACAAACAGAGUCAUGUACUCAUUCUUCAUCCUGUAAUGUAUCACCAUUUAUUACUGGAAUAUUUUCAUGAGAUUUCUCAUCUACAUUC